AUGAAAUUGCUCAGGUAUCCGAAGGUUCUGAACGGUGGAAAGAUAUGCAGCAGCUGGCUGGUGGGUGACAGCUUGCUUGUAGCUGGUUUGAGGUCAAUCGGAUGUUUUUCCAGCGAGCAAUUGGUGAAAUGCGCUUUGGGAAUGCGGUCUGUGAAAGAAACGGAGCCUGAGUUCGAAAUUACAGGUUUGGUGGUUGAAGAGGACCAAAUAUGCAAUGUAUCGGCUACAGAGACUCACAUGUAUGCGGUAGCGUCCAGAAACGUGCUAUGGGGCGAACACUGGCGCGAGAACAGAGCUCAGACGGUGUUCACGAAGUUCUGGUCCAUUGAGGCUCCAGCAUGCAUAACAGACGUUCAAUUCGACCACAACAGCAAAGUGGUCUUUAUCUUGGUUAACAAGUCGUCUACGGAAAAUGCAGUUGUUCUGUGCGAUGCAAAAAGUGCAAAACAGUUGGGAGAAAUACCUUUGGGCAUCUCUAAACCUUUGACUGGCGUGGUGGACCCCAAAUCGCAGAUUUUCACCGUGAUUUGCGCUGAUAGAAAUGUGACUGUCUACCAGUACAACACACUGGGCUGUCACAAGCUUCUCCACAAACUCAACCACUACGUACAAGUGGACCCUCUGCGCUACAAAAUCAACAUGUCACCACAGGCCGACGUUUUGCCGCUUCUCAACUCGACCAGUAGCUCAUCUACGCCCGCAAUAUUGCUGCUGGAUCGCAAACACGACUUCAAGAUCGAAUCCUCACUGGUGGGCCAUUUCGACAAAUGCCAGGUUCUCCAAUACUCGCCGCAGAUGUACGGCAAAACCCUCAAAUCCGGGACCAAAAUCAACUACAACUUGGUGGCUACAGCAGGGUUUGAUACGGGCUCUGUGGUAAUCUGGAAUACGAAAAGGCUCAAGCCAUUGCUCAACACCAAAUGCACACCGGACUCCUACAUUACAGACCUCCAAUGGACUGGCGAUGGUCUUUCGCUAUUUGCAUUCACUAAUCAUGGCCAGAUGUUGGUCUUUGCAUUUCGAUCAGGCGAGCUGGGCGAAGUUCUGCCCGAAAGCGAAAUCGAAGCUGCCAAAGCAUCCAUCUCCACCCUAGACCCUCUAACACCACUGGAAGCUUCAGAGUCCAAUAGCACCUCAAAGCCAGAAGUGGUUCCGGCUGGGUCCAGUGCCAGCAUCACAAAAGCCGCCGGCAAGAAGAAAAUUAAGCCAACCACGAUACACAGCACAUCUAUGGAACUCAAUACGCCUUCUUACAGCGUUCCCAGAGACCUCAAACGAAGGCCAAAAGAUCCCACAGCUACGGUAAUCAACAAAAAACAAAAGCAUGAUUUAGAACCGAUGGAUUUUCUCGAUACAACGCUCCUCAUGCCUGGUAUCAGUUUUUCUAAGAUGAGAUUAGCCACUCCGAAGGUUCGACUGUCUUUCACAUACACUAAUGCUGAUACCGCGAGCUUUGCGAUGUACGUGAAAAACGGGUCAGGCAACGAACAGACUCCAAGCGUCAUUUCUUUGAAACAGAAGGAACUAGGACAGGAAAAAACGCUGUUCGAGGAAUUCCUUCCGAAACUUAUAACGAUUUGUACGGCGGGAGCAAACUUUUGGAGUUGCUGUGCUGAGGAUGGAACAAUCUAUGUCUACUCAGACACUGGAAAGAAAGCAUUACCGCCGCUCAUAAUGGGCGUACCCUGUAGUUUUUUGGAAGCUUUUGGACACUUUUUGUUAUGCGUGACCUCAACAGGGCAAAUGUAUUGCUGGAACAUAACUACUGCCAAACUUCACUUUCCACCUAGCUCGAUUUACUCUUUGCUCAGUCCAACUCUUCGAUAUUCAGAUGACGUUUUGACGAGAGCCGAGAAUAUCACCAUGUGCACGCUAACAAACAGUGGUAUUCCAAUUAUAACCUUGAGCAAUGGUGAUAGUUAUAUGUUUGAUAAGGACAUGGAGGUCUGGAUGCUGAUCAACGAUUCGUGGUGGGCUUAUGGAUCACAAUACUGGGACACAACGGAAACAACGACUCACGGAACUUUUCUCAGUGACAAUGAUGAAAAACUGUCAAAGAAAAGUCAAUCUUGGAACUCAGAAGCUCAAGAGCUAACGGAAAGUUUGAAAGCGGACAGUACCAGCAUUCUCAACUAUUUGGAAAAAAGGACCAACGACGAGCUCAACCGGAAAGGGCGGGCGCGCAAUCUACAAAAAUUCGCUAAAACAAUUUUGAUGAAGGAAGGUUUUGAAAAUUUGGAGGAGGUGGUAACUCUUUCACACUUGGAGAACAAGCUCUUAGUGUCGCUUCGCCUAGGCGAAAACGCGGAAUUCUUGAAAUUGAUUAUUCUCUAUUGUAUCCGCUUGGGUGAGAUGGGUUACAGAGGACGUUUGGAAGAGGUACUUCAAUGGCUGUAUAAUGACGGAAAUUACAAGCAGAUGACAGUUGCCGAUCUCAAUGGCGAGGAGCUCAUUAAAAGAAUUUUGAUUGCUUGCGCGGACAUAAGACACGUACAGCGAGUGACAACCAGUUAUGCCACCGCGAUAGGAUUGAUAGACGAUGCACUCUGA